UCCCGCAAUAACGCUGUCUCAGUGUUGAAACGAACAAACGACGUAUCUGAACUUUGUCCUGCUGCUUGAGACCGACGCGAAUCAAACAACGUAUUUGUAAGUGGUUGUAGGAGUUACAGCAGGAGUGAAGAUUAGACAGUCGUUUGGUUAGGAAAAUGUCCAGCACUACGGUAGCCGUCGUGACCGGGGCCAACAAAGGCAUUGGGCUUGCUAUUGUGCGGUCUCUGUGCAAGCAGUUCUCCGGAGAUGUGUACCUGACUGCCCGGGACGCGGACCGGGGGAAGUCGGCAGUGGCACAGCUGCAAGCAGAAGGGUUGAAGCCACUGUUCCACCAGCUGGACAUCAAUGACUUGCAGAGUAUCCGAAGCCUGCGUGACUUCCUGAAGGAGAAGUAUGGAGGCUUGAAUGUGCUCGUCAACAACGCAGGGAUUGCUUUCAAAGUUGCAGAUACAACUCCAUUUGCUACACAAGCAGAAGUCACACUGAGAACAAACUUUUUUGCAUUGAAGGAUGUCUGCACAGAGUUGCUACCCCUACUGAAGCCUAAUGGCAGGGUUGUGAAUGUAUCCAGUAUUGCAAGUGUCCGAGCACUCGCUGGGUGCAGCCAAGUCCUGCAGCAGAAGUUUCGCAGUGACACGAUUACAGAAGAGGAGCUCGUGAAACUCAUGGAGAAAUUUGUGGAGGACACCAAGAAGGGAGUGCAUGAGAAGGAAGGUUGGCCAAAUAGUGCUUAUGGGGUGUCCAAAAUUGGAGUGACAGUCUUGUCCAGAAUUCAAGCACAAUUGCUGAAUCAGACGAGAAAAGGUGAUGGUAUUCUACUGAAUGCCUGUUGCCCUGGGUGGGUCAGGACUGACAUGGCUGGUCCCAGUGCCCCCAAAACUCCUGAUGAGGGAGCUGAGACUCCAGUUUAUUUAGCCCUGUUACCCCCUGGUGCUGAUAGACCUCAUGGCCAAUUUGUUAAUGAAAAGAAAGUACAGCCAUGGUAAAUGUGCCUUUCAUUACUUCUACAUAUGCACACUGGAGAUCUUAGAACCCUGACUCAAUCUAGAAAGAGCAACUGCAGCCACAGGCAUCUGUAGCUUAAAUUUACCAGGAUGCAGUGGAGAAAGAGAGAGAGCGACCCACAUAAAACAAUUCCAUAACACAUAGAACGUCAUGUGUGGUCUUUUUAAAACGCCUGUGCAGCCUCGAAUCAAAUGGAAAUCCUUAAAAGAUAAUGUGUAUGUAUCACUUUUCUCUGUCAAUAUUGUUUUCUGUAACGUACUAAUUAAAAACUUACAUGAAAAUGAAUGUGAAAACUGCAAAAUAAAAUAUUAUAAUAUUUUUGCCUACUUUGAGGGAGAAGGGAGAACUAGCCUUACUGAAUGUAGAAAGACUGUUCAGACACAGAUUCGUGCUUCUGGAGAUGCACACUUCAGUGCUGGGGUGAGGUGAAACACAUAUUCUUCUGAAAAAAUAAGCAUAAUUUUAUAGCAUAAGAAAGAAGUCUAACUAUAUUAUACUCAAGCUAGAAUUGUUGGAGCCAUUUUUAUUCUGUUAUGUUUGCUAUGAUAACAGAUGAUACAAAAGAAAAUACCACAAUUAUCUAAAAAUAAGAUGACCCUGAAUAUAAAACAAACCCUGUGAAAAUGAUUAUAUACAAAAGGUUAUUUUAAUACUGAACGUAUAACUGGUAUACAGAUUUAAGAUGGUCCCCUUGAUAGCAUAUGUGGUAAAAAACGUAGUCUUCCUUUCAAGAUAGUAAGAUUGCAGCACAAUGUUGGAGAAGAGGAGUAAAAUAUGGCAAGUGAGCCAAGCUUGUGAAAUGACCAAAUUCACAAAUGUUGUUGAAGCAACUCUCUUCACCCCCACAGGGAAAGGUAAUUUAAAAUAAUCCAAGUGGAGGGAGUAGUUUUCCCAUGUGAACAGACCUUCAUUUGUUAUGUAUUACCUUACUAAUCAUGAUUCAGCAUGUUUGCUCUUAACUAUAUAAAAGAUAACUGGUAUUGGACAGCUGUCCAAUUUGUUGUUUUCUCAUUUUUAUAUAAGGGGGGUAAAUCCAGGCUUUUAAUAGGAAAAUUAUUUAAACUAUUAGCUAAUAUUCUUACUCUGUAACUUGCCUUUGUGAUGCCACUUUGCCUUUGUGAAUGAAGGAACGUAUUAAUAGUGUAAUCCUAUACAGAGUUACUCCACCAUAAACCUAUUGAUUUCAGUGGGCUCAAACUGGAGCAACUUGCAUAAGAAUGUACUCUGCUAU